AUGCGUGUGGACGCGAAGGAGUUUGUUGUGCGCCUAGAAGAGCUCUUUGCUCGAACAAAGGAUGCGCGCUCCGUGCACAUCAGCUCAAAGAAACAGCCAUACGAGGACGGGUCCGUGACCCAUGCCAUACUGUUCCGCGUCACAGACGGCGGCAGCAAAGAACGCGCCAAGUUCAGCACCCUCGUGCCCCCCAGCGACAUACUUGCGUUCCAAGAUACCUACCUCACAACUCUGCGCACGCAUCUGGCAGAGAACCUCAAGAAGCGCGACAAGGCCAAAGAGCGCCGCGUUGACAAGACCCUGGCUGCGUCGCGCAAGAAGCUGGAAGAGAAUGAUGGCAAGGUGAAAAUUCUUGGUGCCAAGCGUGGUAAAGGUCGGAGACAGCGCAUGCGGGCCCUUCGUCGUGCGCGGAUACUACGACAGGCUCGUGCUCAGGCGCAGCAUCCGCCGUCUGCCACCCAAGCCUAG